ACUCACAUUCGUCAACUCACUUUCUUUGUUAACCUGAAGAAAAAUCAGGGUAUUUUGGACGACAACAUAGAUAAUGUCUUGAGGCUGCGUAAUAGGGAUCAAGCCCUUCUCGUGAUGAACUUGAUCCUCAAUUCCUAUGUCGACGCCGAUACUGCCUUACCCGAACUCGACUCUCUUUUGAACCAGGAGGUCGUGAACUUUGAAAAGGCUAAAACUUAUGUUGUCGUUAUGAAAGCAGGCUCCGGAUGCCUUGGCGGCUGUCGGAUGUCUCAAGCUUGUCAAGAGCUUCGCCUUCAGUGCGAAGCCGAGAACAGAGAGAGAUGUUUGGAAUUACUCGAACGUGUGAAAGAAGAAUACAUCGUCUUCCGUGACUGCCUGAACCACGUUACCGAGAUAGUACGGAAUAUUCUCGUCAGCGGAGUUGGAUUCCGUCGGGACUGAGGGAUCUUUGUCUUUGAGAGUAAUGUAAAUUUAGACUUUUUUUUUCCAAUUGGACCCCAAAAUUCCAAAAUUGACGUUUAAGCCCCUACUCUAGAAAGCAUGCAUGAUUAGUUCUACAAUCACAAAGAAGACAAAGCACAACCUCUAAAACACAUCAUAAUUAGAAAAUUUUCCAAAUAAAUUAGUAAAUUUGUUAAAAUCUUAUUGAUAAAUACACGAAUUUCUAAUUUGUUUAUGAAGUUUGCUUUGUCUUUGAUGCAUUCGGACGCAUCAUUACAAAGGCAUCAAUUCGUAUGCAGGUCAUUCAU